AACAAAGGCAGCCCGGCCACUUGUCAGGGAUGAGAUGCUGUAGACGGGCUUUGGUCGGUGGUCCUUCUCGAUAAUAUCUGGAGGAUGGAGUGUCGGGGACUAAUGCUUGCGAUAGCCGCCGCUUGUUUCAUAGGCCUGGUGGUGAGCCAGACCACACUUAGUCCUGCUGUGAUUAACACCACUCUCAUCGAGAAUGUGACCAGUCUGACUCUAACUCCCGUGAUCCUCAGCAGCACGACCCCGGGCUGCUUUGCCUUCAACACUUCAACUUGUGAGCCUUGUGCCCCGGGAUCGCAGUACGAUAACAACACCCUGCUGUGUACAUGCUGUUCUGACCCUGGGCUGUGUCUAUUUCCUGGAGCUUGCCUGGCGUGUGCCAAAGGUUUCUAUCAGCCACUUGCUGGACAGCAGCAGUGUUUGCCCUGCAACCAGGGCUUCUACACAAAUUUCACUGGAAGUCCACUAUGUAGCUCCUGUCCUCCUGGAUCCUUCAACAAUAAUACUGGUGGAGACAGUUGCACAAGUUGUUCACCAGGUUUCUUUUCAUCACGGCAGAGUUCUACUUUAUGCUCUCCAUGUGCACAAGGAAGUUUUUGCAAUUCCUCUGGUUGUACAGAGUGCCAUAUGUGUCCUGGAGGAACAGAGUCUCUACAGGCCGCUGCCAAAGACUGCACACCAUGUCGGCCAGGCAUGCACAAGGCUCCCCAUCAGACUAUGUGUCAAAUCUGCAGCAGUGGUUUCUACCAGAUCCACUGGGGCCAGGAAAGCUGCAAUGUCUGCCCAGAGAAUCACUACUGCCCUAGUCCAGAUGUGAACCCCAUUCUGUGUCCAAAUGACGCCUUUUGUCCAGAGGGCAGCUUGGCUCCAGGCUACUGCAUGGAGACCUUCUUCCGCAAAGCAGGGGACACUUGUGAAUUGGCUCCUGUCACUAUUGCUCUAUUAGUUAUUGGAGGUGGAGUGGCUUUACUCUUCAUAAUUUUAAUGGUUCUGCGUCGAAGAAGAGACACCGAUGGAGAGCUGACUGUAGCCCGAACUCCAUUAUUACGCAAAGAGCGACCUCAGGGUCGAUACUAUGGGAUCCCCUGUGACGCAGAACCUGUAUAUGCUGGCUGGUGAACGUAAGGACCUCAGUUUAGCUUUCCUAUAGUCAGUGCUUCGUCGGACAAAGCCAACUGAAGUAUUUUCUCCAUGUGGGUCACCACUGAAGACAAAAGGACUGAUAGAGGAAAACUGAUGGUAAAAUCCUAGGCUGGUGCAUCGAGAGUGCAUUGACAAUCCACCAGCCUUUUUUAUGUGAUACAUUUGAAUAUAUUAUCGAGAAACAGAAGCUCAGUCUUUUGUGAAUUCUUGUAGUUUGACACUGUUACAGUUGUUCCACUCAGAGAUAAACACUCUCCUUUUGUAAACUAGGUAAUUGGAUUAUGAGAGGUAUGCUGGAACGCUGCAAAUGAGAUGCGUGCCUCAACGUGGUGGGAACCUCUCUCUCUUAUGAAAAGCACUUUUUUUAACCAAGCUAAUUGAUUUACUUUGCACUCGUGUUGGUCGACUUGUGGGUGCCUCCAUUAACUCGCGUAGUUCCACAGUGACACAGAGGAGUAAACUGUGGUUGGUGCCUCGUGUUUUUUAAUGCAUUUGAUUUAAGUACGUCAUGUUGUCUGUAGUUUCAUUGAUACCUUUGCCUGAUAUUUUUCACCUGCUUUUUUAAGGUUAUAUUUGUAUGUUUUAAAAGAAAAUAAAUUAAA